AUGUCCUGGAAUGGAUUCAAGAAAUCUCUUAGCCGCGCAGGGACGACGGUGAUGCAAAAGACGGGUCAGGUGGAUCGUACGGUAGAUUCGGAGUUUGCGGAUGAGGAAGCGAGGUACAGAGCUUUGGAAAAGGAGGUGCUGGCUUUGCAAAAGGAAGCAAAAGGUUAUUUGGAUGCUAUCAGGUGUGAGUUUUCGGAGUGGCAGGGCGCGCAAAGCUUGGUAGAGAAGGCGGCAGGCUGAAUGCGAACUUGGAUCUUCGCUCGCACCAUUGCGUAUCUCUCUCUCUCUCUCCCUCCCUCUCUUUCUCUCUCUCUCGCAGUGCUAGCAGCUUCGCAAUCACGCGUAGCCGAAACAGUGGACGAGUUUUUCAUCGAUCACAGCGACGCAGCAAUGGCAGCCAACGCCUACAAGAGGUCUACGGACGAGCUGGACGCAAAGACUGCGAGGGAGCUGGAUGCGCCUUACAGAGCUACGGUGCUGGAACCGGUAGGCAAGCUGGCUAGCUUUUUCCCAGAAAUCAACAGGACGAUUGAAAAGAGGAACAAAAAGGUGAGUUGGCAGCGGGGGAGGAGGAGAUGGGUGGUGGGCAUGUGAUGCCGUUUUGCUUUGUCAAUGCACGAUUGCGCAUGCUGUGUGUACUUUUGAAGCCGCGCUAUGCUCAUCUCGCUACUCGCCGCGGUCGUCUGCCCCCAGCUCCUGGACUACGACUCUGCUCGUACCAGGCACCGUAAGCUGCUAGAGAAGCCUUCCGACGAUCCCACCAGGCUGCCGAGGUGAGUAGGCCGGCGUGCAUGCUUGUCGAUUUUUGGGGCCUUCGCAGUGCUCACCGCUCGCUCCUGCAUCUCGCAAACCAGAGCGGAAAAGGAGCUGGAAGAGGCAAAGAUUCUGUUCGAAUCGCUCAACGACCAAUUGAUGACGGAGCUUCCUCAGCUCCUGGAGCUGCGCAUCCCUUACCUGGACCCCUCUUUCGAGGCGAUGGUGAGGAUGCAAGCCAAAUUCGCAGAAGAGGGUUACGAGAAGCUGGGAGGUGUUCAGCGCUACUUUGCUGAAGGUGUGCGGGAAGAGUAUGCAGAGGGACAGUUGGAUGCCCAGGUGAGUCUCGAUUGUGCGCGCGCGUACCCUUGCCAGCUCACAAUGCUGAGACAUGCAUCGGUGCGACGUUUUUCGGCGUGCACAGGUUGAGGGCGUGUUGCAGGAGAUGCGAGAGCUGUCGAUUUGCGGCUUGACGGCUGCUUGA